AUGGCUAAUCACUUUGCAGCCACCUUUGGCAAUAAGACGUGCCUCAUUGGUGAUUAUAUACCUCUUAAAUCAAUUGGCAAGGGAUCCUUUGCGGAGAUUAAACUGGCCCGGCACUGGCUCACAGGGACUCAGGUGGCUGUGAAAAGCGUUAGCAAGCGGGGCUUGACUAGACGCUUUGAGGAAGUGAAAUCUCUUAAGACCUUACGUCAUCCGAAUAUAACCACACUAUUUGAGGUGAUCACCACCCAGAAUAAACACAUUCUUUUUAUGGAAUGUGCAAGUGGAGGUGACCUCUACGAUCACCUGGAGGAGUGCGGCCGCAAAACUGAGCAUGAAGCCAGGCCCAUGUUCAGGCAAAUGAUUUCAGCCCUUCACUACUGUCAUCGCAAAGGCAUCGUUCAUCGUGAUUUGAAGCCAGAAAACAUCCUUCUAGAUGAGGAACUCAAUGUAAAGGUGGCUGACUUUGGUUUCAGUAGAGACUUUACCAAUUAUAAACUGACAACUGUCUGUGGCACCUUCGCCUACAUGGCGCCAGAGAUUUUAGAGUAUCAAAAGUACGAUGGCCCCAAGGCAGAUGUCUGGAGUCUGGGGGUCAUCCUCUAUCGCAUGGUGACGGGGGAUGAGCUGUUUGUGGGGGACACGGCUGGAGAAGUAACAAAAGAAAUACACAGUAAAAAGCUGCAUCUACCAGAUUUUACAUCAUGGGAAGUUCAAGACCUGUUACAAAAAAUGUUGACUAUUGACCCCGGCCAGAGACCCACCCUAGAUGACAUCAUGAAAGACACAUGGGUGAACAUGGGUGAGGACGAGGAAAUGAGGCCCUACAGUGAGCCACCCUGGGGGGACAUUGACCCCCAGGUGGCCACAAUAAUGAAGGGCAUGGGCUUCAAGAAGCGAGAAAUACGGGAGUCAUUGACACAAAAGAAAUACGACAGGGUCAUGGGAACGUACCUGAUCCUCAGGAUGAAGACAACCAAGAUGCAGGGCCGCAUCAUAAAGGUAAGGCCCUGCCCCUCCUCUGACCCCAGCACCAGCACUUCCUGCAGCGAAGAGGCUGAGACUCCCAUUCCUUCAAAGAGCCCUGCACCCAGCCUGGACUCAAGUUCUAGACCUUCCCCAGGCAGCAUGGAAGCCGGGAAGAAAGAACCCCCACCCAGAGUGGAAGUGAGGAUGUCCCCCUCUCCAGCACCCAGAUUGCACUCCAGCUCCUCCUCAUCCACCUGCUUCUCAGGAGAGACAGUGCCCACCACCCCACCCACCCUAGAUGCAAGGUCCACGAAUCUCCUACCCAGCCCAGUCCUCCAGCGUGGCCCUGGGGGCUCCCCCACCACCCACAGCAGAAGAAGUAGCAGGUCCUGCCAACAAACUUCAGAGCUGGGUGGUGGGACCCUCGGCUCUCCUUCUGGUUCCCACCACGGCCGACAGGGGGUGGCUCGAAGAGUCCUCAGGUUUUUGUUAAAAUGUCUCUGCUGUAGGCCAUCCACAAACAAAAAUAGAAUUAUGCCGCUAUAA